CGCGUGUGGUACCCUGUAGUGUACACUAUUGUAACAUUAAACUGAGGAAUUGUAACAUGGCGUCUUUUGUAACACUGAAUUGUGUUAGCAGUACAUGGUACAGUAUUGAAGAAUAUAUAAUACAGUAUUGAAUACAUAGUACAGUAUUGAAUACAUAGUACAGUAUUGAAGAAUACACGGGAAUACGGAUUGUAAUUGACGCUUACAAUCGAUAUUGUCAGUUGUUAAGUCUUGGUGAAGUGUUGUAGUGCGUUAGUGUGCGUGUUAGUGCGCUAGUGAGUGCUUUAGGCUGCAGUGUUCCGUGUAGUGUGAGAGAGGUUAUGUGAUGCAUCUUAACCAUGAUGGAGAGUCUGGAAUUCCGCGAGAAGUUGUUAUACCCUGGCAUCACACCCACCAUACACUGCAAUACUUGCAAGCCCAACUCCAGGAGACGCCCGCCCCGCCCACGUCCACUCUCCUCGCCCCUCAACGGAUACGCCCACACUGGCGAGCCGCACACCAAGCACAGUGAAGAACAAAAUGAAAAUGGGGAACUGGUGAAGCUGAGCGAGGAGUCGCUCAUGCGACAGCCUGAAGAAGUCUUCGAUAUUAUCUGUAAAUUGGGUGAAGGAUCCUAUGGGAGUGUGUACAAGGCAUUACACAAAGAGUCAGGUCAGGUGCUGGCCAUCAAACAAGUACCCAUUGACACAGAUCUACAGGAGAUAAUUAAGGAAAUCUCCAUUAUGCAACAGUGCGACUCCCAUCAUGUUGUCAAAUACUACGGUUCCUACUUCAAAGAUUCUGACCUAUGGAUUGUUAUGGAGUACUGUGGUGCUGGUUCAGUAUCUGACAUCAUGAGGUUACGGAAGAAAACACUCACCGAAGAAGAAAUAGCAACAGUUAUAUACGAUACUUUACGAGGGUUAGAGUAUCUCCACCUCAGAAGAAAAAUUCACCGGGAUAUCAAAGCCGGAAAUAUCUUGCUUAACACUCAAGGUCAUGCUAAACUAGCAGACUUUGGUGUGGCAGGUCAACUGUCUCAACAAGCCCCUCAACUACAGUUGCCAAGAUUGAACUUGCAGGCUGAGCAAGAUAACAAAAAUAACCAACACAACCAAACCCAUCAUCAUCACAACCUUGCUAAUACUGAACUUCAGGAUGAAGAUGAUAUCGAUAGCAGUACCAUGGUUCGUUAUAGUGCCAGCAGUGGGGAUAGUGGCACUCUUAAGCCCCUCAAUAAUGAUGGCACUUUGAUGGCUCCUUUAGACUCGGGGGGAACACUGAAAGCACCAGUUGGAACAGGAACGCUCAACACAGACCUCGGGACUAUGGUCAUAAACUCAGAUAAUGCUGAUGAUGAUGAGGAUUCCACCAUGAAGAGACAUGACACAGCUCCUGGGGAGCGACUUGACCGGCCACUCUUCCUCGAUUAUUUUGAUAAAAAAGAACAGGAAAAAAAGGCAAGAAGUAAAGGCUUGAAAAACACCUCUCCAUUGGAUCAGGUGACGGCGCAACAGUACGUGGGUACUGGUCGGCCAAUCAUCACACAAGAACAUCCUACUUCACCAUCUACACAGUUGUUAGAUGAGAAGCAUAUAUUGCAAACAACAGCAGCAGCAUUUGCAGAAACAGCAAGCACAACCAGUCAACAGCAGCAACAGCAGGUGCACCUACAACAGCAAUCACAUCAGGUUCUCCAGAGAAAUCAAGACUACGAAAAACAGCAUGCACCUGAUAACACAAAGAUAUAUUCUCCUACGGCCUUAAUACAUUCACAGCCCAAACCCAUGUCUGCAGAAGAACGAAGAAAAUUUGAGAAUGAUCUCCAAAGACAACUAGUACAGAUGAAUAAUCCAGGUAAUCACCAUCCUCUUCCUGCUCGGGGAGUUGCUGCAGAAAACCAACCAAAAUUCCAGAGGUCUUUUAUUGAUGGUGAUUUUGAUUUUCUCAAACACCUGACGUAUGAAGAACUACACCAACGUAUGGCUACCUUAGACCAGGAAAUGGAACGUGAAAUUGAUGAGCUGCGUCAGCGGUAUCAGGCAAAAAGGCAACCUAUUCUUGAUGCCAUGGACCAGAAGAGAAAGAGACAACAGAAUUUCUAGCAUAUUUGCACUGUGUAUAGUUGUUGUACAGUGAUCUCUUCUGUAAGCUUCCAGGACAUUUUUGAUGCAAUGGAAGGUACUGUGAUUGCCACAUAUUGUGAAGGAAAUUUCUUUGUAUGACCAAAAUAUUAAUGAGAAUGGAUUGUGUAAGCUAUAAGUAAUAAAUGAUUUUAUGAAAACAUUUUGUGGAUCUUAAAAAUGGAUGAAGUCUAAAAGAUAAAAUCUUGUAGUGAAGGAAAAUGCAGGAAUUGGUGUGUAGUUGGUUGCUGGAUGUCAUAACUGUGUGUGCCAUGUGAUUAUUUAGUGGGUGCAGUAGAGAAAUGAUUGCAUAAAUGGAAGGUUGCUUAGGCACCUUGAAACAAUGAUGGACAACUUGAUGACAAAAUGUUUUAUUUGCUAAUACCCUGUGGUUAAAACUCAAGGGUGUUGGUUUUGUGGAAAAGUUAUUUGCUGGAUUGUUGUGACCUGAGCUUGACUAAAUAUCUUCAGAAUAACUUUUAGUAUUAAAGUUAGAUAAAAUUAAAUUAUCCCAGCAAUAAUAAUAAAACAAAACCCUGAGGAAAUUAAUAAUAUGCAUACUUGCUUUUGAAUAAGUUGAAUAGAAAAAAUGCAGGAUAGAAGUUAAUCACAUUUACCUCUUGUUUUAUCCACAUUUCACCUCGAAUACGGUGACUAGUAUAAAAAUCUUAAUUUUUAAUAACUUUUUAAAUUUAAUUUUUUUUUAUUUGUAUUUUACUAUUUUGGUCCUGACAUUUCUGUUAACACAAUUUGUAUAGUUCUAUAAUUUGCAUUUUACAUGUGUUCAAACUUUUCACUGUGAAUGUAUUCUUAGCAAGUGCAUGCACACCCUAAAACACUGACAACAUAUACACACAUGCACGCUAACUUGAAUAAGUAAUGACAGUAAACCCUCUAUUAACACACAUUUUGUUCCUGACAAUUGCUGCCUACUUUAAAAUCACUUUGCGUGAAGUGAAUUACAUGGGGAAAAUAGGGUUACAUUCCAGACUCCUCCAAAUCGCCAAACUUUUUUUUUUCUUCUUUUUAAGCUCCUUACAUGUGGCAAAAUUUAGACUUUUUAAUAAAAAUAUAUUUUUUGAAAUAGAACUAUAAAAAAAAAGAAAAAUGGAAUUUUAUAGCGUGUUGAAGUUGAUUAAUUGUGGGCAAAUUGUAAAAUGAAUAUAAUGCGCUGAGUGCAAUAUAUUAAUUUUUAUUGACAAGUUUUUAAUAUCUAAUACUAUGUACAGUGGAACCUCAAUUUACGAGUUUUUCCUCAUUUAAAUUAACUGAAAUGCCAUUAAUCUGUUCCAGCGGAAUUCCUGCUCUCUGGAGGUAGGACAAUACUUGAAUAUGAUGCUAAUAUCAACUCUAUGGCUUAUUUAUCUAUCACAAUUCAUCUAAUAUGACAUAAUAUAAUUAACACAGAAACAUGAUAUAUACUCUAGAAUGAAUAAAAUAAGCCAAAGUGUGGCAAGUGAUGAUGGCGGCGGUGUCGACCAUUUCCUCUCCCAUUCCGACUAGUAUUUUCCCAUGCUCUUAAGAGAUUAUUAUUAUUAUUAUAAUCAAGGGGAAGCGCUCAACCCGGAGGAUUAUACAGCGCCUGGGGGGGGGGGAUGUGGAAGGCAUUCAGGCUUAAUUCGGGGAACUGGAGCACAGAUCCAAUUUUCUAAAUCAAGAGCCCCUCACCAACAUCAAGGAACCUUCCUUGAGGGGUUAAUAUAAGAGAAAAUGUUUGCGAGGCUAACUAGAUCACUAGUUUCAUAAGGAAAACACUGAAACAAUGUAUUUAUAAAUAAGAAAUACAUAAAAACGUAACAGAGAAUGUAAAGAAAUGUACCGUUUAUAUAAAGUGUAUACAGUGGAACCUCAAAUAUCGAACUUUCUUCAGUCCAGAAGGCUGUCCAAGUGCUGUUACCGAAUGAAUUUAUUCCCAUCAGGAAUAAUGUAAAUUAGAUUAGUCCAUUUCAAACCCUCAAAAAUACACUUAUAAAAGCACUUACAAAAAUACACUUACAUAAUUGGUUGAGCUGGGAGCAGUUCGAUUUUUGAGGUUCCACUGUACUUAAACACUGGAGUAGAGAUGGUGGCAGAGGUUGAGGGUGGGGAGAUAUUAUUAUUAUAAUCAAAAAAGAAGCGCUAAGCCACAAGGACUAUACAGCGGGGUGGGGAGAUAGGCAGUGCGGUGUAUGAUGUCAUUGGUCCUACAAACCUCCAAUAACUUUGGAGGAGUUAGUUUCAUUUCGUCAUUUUUCUAGCGCUUAACUUACUUGCUACAAUUUAUUGAUGAACUUAACUGCUACGAUUUGUUUUACAUUUUUUUUUCACUUCGCUCUUCACUGAUUUACUUGCUACACUUGGAAAUUAUUGUAAUGCCAUUGGCUGGCGCUAUAGCCUUUGUCAACCCCUGCUGCUUUAGUACGUAUCGUAGAUGUACUACGUUGAUAUUGUCUGGCUAAAUCAAUAACCCAUACACCUUACUUAUGUUUAUCUGUGAUUUCAUGCUUUAAUUCCAUGGACAUCCUCUUUUUUUUUCUCGGCACUGUCGUUUGCACUUACUUUCUUAUAACCCAUGGUUAGAAACAAGAAUUUUGGCAAAAGAACUGCAGAAAAUGGAAGGAAAUCACCACAAAAUAUCCUCCCAGAGUGAGGUAAACAUGUGCACUGCUCACUGGAUGUGGAAUUGGAUCUGUGCUCCAGUUCCCUAAAUUAAUAAUAAUUCUAAUACGUACGUACUAAGAAUAAUAAUAACGAGGAUCUUCAGACCACCACUAGUUGGCACAGUGCACUGUGGGAGGAGAUUUUGUCGUGAUAUCCUUCCAUUUUCUGCAGUUAUUUUGCCAAAAUUCUUGUUUCUAACCAUGGGUUAUAAGAAAGUAAGUGCAAAGGACAGUGCUGAGAAAAAAAAAGAGGAUGAUGCCCACGGAAUUAAAGCGUGAAAUCACGAACAAAUGAGGUGUGCGGGUUGUAGAUUGUGGGGAAAGCUGGCUCGUAGCUCGGAUGUUGGCUCGUAACUCAGAGGAAAAAACUGACCAAGCGACGGCUCAUAUCUUUAAAAAUUCGUAUGUUGGGACACUCGUAAGUCAUGGUUCUACUGUAAUUUGAUUUUUUUACGAUGCUAGUUGUUUCAAAGUGUUUUACUAUUUAAAAUAGGGCGAGACUCAGCCCUGACACACGUGGAAUAUCCAGUAUUAGUGUGUGUGUUUUUCUUUCUUUCUUUCUUUCUCAAUAGCCAUCUACUGAGGCAAGGUAACCCGAAGAAGAAAACAUUAACCAUCAUUCAGUCACUAUGUUGCCAGACGUGUGCUGACAUCACAAAUCAGAUUACCCUGCGAGUACACACUGCUCUUCCAACCUCCAUGACAAGCCAGGCUCAGUUUACAUGUACUUGAAUCACUUCAUAAUAGUUCUCUCAUACUCCAAGGAUGUCCAUUAAAAUCCACUUGUCUAUAUUCUAACACGCUCACAUAAGCCUGCUGAAUGCUUAAGCCUCUAAAAAAAAGUCUUUUAACACCAACCCCCCCACUCUACCUUCCACCCUAGAUUUAUAUGCUCUCUUUGUCAUCCAAUCCCUCUCCAUGCCCAGACCACCACAGUAACCCCUCCUCAAUUAUCCCCUUGGUGAAAUCACAUUGAUUUUUAACUCUAAAUUCAAUGCACGAUAUUCACACCACGCAUUGCUCUCAAAUGUCUCCAUGGCCUGCAGCCUUGAAAACCUAUAGCUCACACCUAUAAAAAAGUGUUGGUACCACUACACUGACACAGUUUUCCUUAUAUAUUUUGAUUGUUUUUGUCAUCUAACACUAUGUAUAAGGAAAUCUUAUGAUAAUACAAUUGAUUCAGGUGUGAUACCUCUCGACACAUGUAAAUAAGUAGCACUGACUUUCCUAGGUUUAUACUCGGUGAAAAAUAUACAUUUAUCUGUGUUCUCUCAAGACCAUUGUAAAAAUGUGUUUACAUAUGCCUAAAUAAAUAAUACAUUGUACAGAUGCAGGGUGGCAUGUCAAACAUUUACUAAUGUCCUGCUAAGUCAUUGUUAUUCAUGAUGUACUGUCUAGCCCUACAUUUUUUUCUAGGCUAGGCAUGACAAGUCACCCAAACAGUUGAGCUAUGAUAUAAAAUAGCUGUCAGCACAUUUGAGGCCUACAAAAAUUUGCAGUUGUGUAAGUCAUCUCCAGAGGGGUCACCCUGCUUAUGUAUAAGUCAUCCCUAAUUAAAAGGUUAAUAUUCUACUAGGUAAAAACUACUUGCUAUCUACUUCACACUUUUCUGUUACUUGAAGCAUCUGAAGAGUGUGGGGAUGAUUAACAUGGGCUUACUAGGCCAAGUUAGAUGUAACAUUAUAAAGAUAAAAACUAAAUUUCCUUACCAAAUUAAACCAGACAUACAGAAACUGGCCCCCACACACAACCAAAAAAAUAUUAAAGAUGAAUGCAUUUGAAAAGUAAUAAAGUGUUGAGAGGCUGCAUCUGGGACAUGUGGAGAGAACUGCAAAUUAUGGCUUUGUUUCCCAGCAAGGUUACGACAUCACAGAUUUCUGUAACUUUGCAAGACACAUCUGAAUUGUCUACAAUUUUUAUUGUAUGAUCUAUGCAUGAGGGGCAAAUAAUGUAGUGUUUAAUGGACAAGAACUUGGAGAGCUACAUCACACACUUUGGUCAAACUGAAAUAUAAAGUCAGCAAGGAAAUUGCAUGCUUUCAACUCUCUCAAAACAUAACUAUGUUGAUGUGAUAAUAUAACAGGGCAGCAGCUGACAUGAAACUUAAACACUGCUUUGCUUUACCUAGCAAGGUGUGGGAAUCUCAAAAAUAUGUUUGGGCAGUGAGCUGGUAUUUUGGCAGCCUCAGUGCAGAUGUUUACUGUACCUCCACUACAACAUAACAUUAAAACAUUUAUUCACUUUAUUAUUAAUCACCAACAUAUUCAAUAAUGUAGAAAUAUAGGUGUAGGUAUAUCAUCACUGUUAAAGGCACAUGAAUGUAUAAUUACGAUAACGUACAAUAAUUGGUUAAUCAAGAUCAGUCGUCCACUGACCUUUGGAGGAGUCUUGAUGUAAUUCACUGAACAUUUUCUGAUAUUUUAUAAUGGAUGUUUUAUAAAAAUUAAACAUUCACUAGUCAUUUUUUAAAAUAUUUAGGAAAAAUGCUGUCUAAUGGACAUGACUUGUUCUGGCUUAGCAAGAAAGGUGGGAGGCUGGGGAGGGUAUGCUUGUGACCCAGCAAGUAGAUUGUAAAAAUCUAUGGUGCACAUCAAUUAAUGAUAUGCUGAUUCUUUCGUGCUUUAUGAUGCAUAACAUUAAAUAUUUUAGCAUAUUAAAAACUGGGUUGCAUUUUUUAAUAAUGCUAAUGCAAAAUCGGGCUGUCUGCUGUGUUAAUUGAGGGUUUAAUGUGUGUACAAAUUCUGGGCAUUAGAUACAUAUCAAAUUAUCCCAGCUGAUACAUGGGGAGAAAAAAAAAAAAGACAGGACAUCAAAGUUAAAAAUGCUCAAAGAAACAGAAAAAAAAAAGCACAAAGGAAUAAUAAUUACUCAGAAACAGAAAAGCAGCAGCAGCACAGGCUAAGCAUACAAACAUUAGAGUGGCAUUAAGUAAUCUAAACAAAGACUUGUUCAAAUUACUCUUUACCUCAUACAUGCAUAGCCCAUAGUCUUAAAGGCUAUAUUUUACUGUUGCUAAGACAGUCGGAUGAAUAACUCUCUAGAGCCUUAAAGAAUUAUUUUCUGAGUGUUUAUUACAGCAUGUGCUCUGUGAUCCCUGUGUUCUGUUUGUGCUUCAAAAAUUAAAUUGCAUUUCUGUAAUAUUUCAUUUAUCGGCAUUGUAGUAUGUUACAAUUUAUUUUUAUGACAAACCUAACUUAAAUACAGUAGCAUAAAUCAAGAAAACCAUAUGCAAGAAGUUGACUUAGACUUGUGAGCAAGUGUUGACAUACAAUCUAUUCUUGCCAUAAGCACCAAUAAAACUACAGGCACUCCAAAGGAAUGUAUUUAGACUGGUGCCUGAACUGACAGAAGUAAGCUAUGAAAGAAGGAAUGAGAGAGCUGGGCCUUUCAUCACUGAAAGAGCAUAGAAUAAGAGGCAAUAUGAUCACAACAUACAAAAUACUUUGAUGGUAUAUGUAGGGUAGGUAAAGAUAGGCUACCAGAGAAGUAACAAGAAUAAGAUGGCACAGCUGGAAAUCAAAUAUAAGAGAGUCAUAGGAAUAUCAGGUAACAGGUUUUUGAUACAAGAUUGCAUGAACUCCUCCAUACAGGGGGUCCCAAAAUAUAUAUAUCACCUAUUUCAUAUCAGGUGAUGUAAAGGAGGUGGGAUCAAAAGCUAGAGCUCUUUCAACUGCCCCUUUUCUUAAAUUCAAAUAGUUAAUUGUGUAUUCAAAACACCCUUCACAUUAUGUACACAACCUACUUUUCAACAUGUAACACCUGUAUGAAGCCCUCAUAUUAGAAAUCAAGAAAGCUUUAAGGGGUUUGCAUUUAGACUGGUGCCCAAGUUGAAGGAAUAAGAUAUGAAAAUAGAAUGCAAGACCUGGUCUUAUGUCACUGGAACAAGAGAUAUGAUGGUAAAAGGGAGCAAAUGACCCAGAAAUAUCUGAAAACACUUCAUAAUACAAAGAAGUGAAAUGAACUGAGCAGUAAUACUAAAGCCGACUAUACACAAGCUCAAAUAUAUGUAUGACAAGGCUGUGUUUGGUCAGUUCAUCAAAAGUUGAGAGGCAGAGUAAGAGCUUAAUUUUGUUUUCUUCCCCUCCCAAACUCAACCCAAAUAAUCAGUUACACAAUGCGUGCACACACACACACACACACAGUCCAAUUUUUUUUUUUAUCUCAUUACAUAGUCAUGGCUCUGCAUAUCUUUCUCAGGGAAUUCAUUUCACUAACUUUUGUCUAAACUCUGCUUAUUUUCUACAUUGUAAAUUAGAUAAGGUAUGACUAUAAAUAUGGAUGUUCAUUCUAAUACUGCAAAUUUGAGGGUGUUGCCUAUGGACAUUCACCUUUUGUGUAAAUAUUUCAAAGAGAUUGACUAUGCAAGUCAAUGGAAACUGCCUCACUUGUGUAACAGCUAAAUCAGCAUCAAAAAGCUUCAGUUUAUGAUGCAGGUGGAUUAUUUUUAGCCAUAGAAUAUAUAAAACUCAAAAACCUGGCUGCCAAUAUUUUUUUUUUUUUUUAAGAUAUUUUAUGUGCCAAUCCAUUUAUAUGUGGAAUAUUGGAUACCCUUAAAAACCACUACUUGUUCAUAAUCUUUUAAAUCCUCCAGAUUUGCAACUGUUAUUGCUGUGUGAUACUUUUUAAAACAUUUAAUAAUCAACUGCAAAAAAAAUAGCUAAUUUCUUCUCAAGUUGUACAUAGUAUUGAUGUAUGUAUAAAGAAUAAAGAAAUUAAUUAUAAAAGCAAAAUAUUAUAAUUGGUAUGCAUUAAACCAAACAACAUAUGUACCAGAAAUGCAUGUAUAAAUGGCACAAAUUGUGAGGUACUGUACUAUGUAUAGGAGUGUAUUGCUAUUUAAUUUGACUUCCCAAACAAUGUAGUAUUAAUGAUGAGUGGAGAGCAGGUAAAUCUCUCUCUGACUUUUGAUUUUAUUAUGAUGAAAAAUUUAGGGGGAUCAUUACUGUUGAUGUCAUUUUAGUUCUUACAAAAUUUACUGCAGGCCUAAUUAUUUUAAGCAACCUUAUUACUUUCAUUAGUUAAUAAUUUCCCAGGGUGAAACUGGAGAUAAUUAGUAUAUGAUAAUGGUUCUGGAGAUGAAUGUAGGUUUGAUGCAAGGGUCCAGCUGAAUGUUUUAAGGCUUGUUUAAAAGUUCAAAAGUUAUCUACGAAUGUCAUUAGCAUUGGAAUUCUUGGUUAUGCUCGAAUAUGUUGUGAAUUAGUAUUUAUUCUGUGACAAUAUUUACAAUUACUUCUGUGUAAAGCGCUGUAUUUUACCACUAUUAUUCUGGGAUAAAAGUUAAAAAGCUUCAUUCUCAUUAUACACAGUUAGUAACAGUUCAUCUUGUCACAAGAUGAGUGACUAGAAUGUGGUAGUUUGCAGAAAUUAAUCAAUCAUAACUUCUAGUCAGAUAAGAAUUAAUUCACCAGUCAUAUGAACUAGAGAGGUUUGGAUAAGUUUUUUGAUUGAGAGUGAUGCAUCCACUACUGACCAGUGUAAUGUAUCAUCUUCAAUAUUUGUCAAGUCAUACUUGUAUAAGUGCCUCAGCAAAUACUUAAGCUUUGUGAUAGGGGAGUCAACAUUUCUAGGAGCAUUUACAAAAGUAUUAACAUAUAUGCCUAUGCAGUGGCAUAAUUAGAAUACUUAUUAAAAUCAAAUUUUACACGUAAACACAUGCAUAUUAAUUCCUAUUAGGAUCUCGGCUAUUUUCCAUCAACACAGGGUGACUCAAAGGAGAAAGAACAUUAACCAUCACUUGUUCCUUAACUGUCUUUACUGAAGUGCACAGAUGAUGAUCUAAUAACACACCAAACUGCAACAGCCCCACCUGUCUUUCAGAUUGUACUUCCCACCUCCAAAACUAAAUUGGUUAACCGGUAUCCCUUCACAGAUAAUAUAAUAAUGUAACCCUCCCCCUCCCCCAACAAUAUGUUAAAUCUCAAAAACCACCUCCCUCCACCCCAGUCUAACAUGCAUGACAAAUACUUAAGCCCCUACUGCUCAAAACUACUUUCACACCCUUCUCAAUGGAAAAUAUUCCCUUUCUAACAAGUUUAACUCUUGCUGUUUUCAAAAGCAUUACAGCUUUUAAAAACAUAUCACAUAUUCUUCACAUUUAUAAGAAACACAUCACUCCUAUCUACUUUAUUUUAUGCCUUGACAUAUUCAUCAUCUCCUUUUCCUUGUCUAAAUACUGUUCACUUUGAUGCUUGAUGCAAACAUUUUAUCCAUACAAUACCUCUUCCAAAAUCAACCAUAUUCCCUAAUUAUAAUAUUUUCUGUAAUUUCCUGCUGUGAAUAACACGUCCACCACAACUACCCAGUGUACUCAACAGACUUAUUGCUUUGUAUUUAUAAAGCACUAUCUUGAACUCUUAUACCCUCCUAUAAGGGAACUAUUCAUACUCUGCCAAAUUCCCAGGUACUUUCCUUUUCUCACACACAUACUGAAUGUACUUGCUUCUGGUUCUUCCGUUUUAAAAAAUUUUAAUCGUCCCUUCUCCAUAUAUGAAAUCUGCCUUCAUUUCAAAUAGUAUUCUUAUCACAUUUACUGUACUUCUACUUCCAUAUGUAGCAGCAUACUGAUUUCAUUCUUAACUGACAAGUUUAUUUACACUGUUGCUCUCUCUCAAACUAUUUCUUAUUAUAAAUAAAAUUUGCUGAUAAUGACUAAUCCAUUCCUUCACUACUUUUAAACCUUUUCUCUAUGUACUAUUCUCUGUUUGGCUUGCUUUUACAUAUUAUAAAAACUUUUCAUAUGCUUAAUUUUAAUUCUGUACUGCCCUUUCCAAUUAGCCAUUCCACUAUUUGUACCCCUUCCCUCUUGCACCCAUUCCACUAUGACCAGAAAUUGCUGUAAACUAGAAUUGCAUUUCUAAAUCCACCUUAUACCUCUUUAUAUCCUCAUUGUAACUUUUCUGUAAUUGUGGACUGGUCAAAGCUGCAGGUAUCUGGAGGUAUCACUUUUUUCAACAGACCAAAAGUCUACCACAAUAAAUAUAUAGCUAUGAUAUAUAGCUACCAUGUACAUUAUUAUUAUAUUCAAGGGGCGUGCCAAACCUCUACGGGGCCAUACAAUGCCUGGAGAAUGAGAAACAAGUCUGAUCCAUGAAAGAGACAGGUAGCUCCAGUUCCUUACAGCAAGAGUUUUUCACCAGCAUUGAAGGGAACUUCAAUGUACAGUUGAUGUAUGAAAAAACUAGUAAAAGUUAAGGAUGGUGAA